GCGCGCACGAGCAACAUCAUGUCAGAGGCCAGGGCCACCAGAGUUAUCCAGAUUCUCUUAGAUGAAGUUGGCUCGCAGUUUGAGGUUAAUACGAAGAUCUUUGAUCGUGAGGCCAUCAAUAGAGAGUACCAGGGCAAGCCGUUCGGGGUCUUUAGGCUGCGUAUUUUCUUCGUUCAUGGCACGAGUAAGGAGACUGUCUGGAAG